CGAGCAUUCACAAAACGGUAAAACCCCUCACCACCUCGCUCUCUCUCUCUCUUACCCAAACCCUAAAUCUCAUUCUUUCUGUUUCUCAGUGAAAAGCAAUAGCUAAUAGGUAUGGCGAGGCAAGGUUCUAUUGCGACGCAGCAGCCGCCGAAGCUACGAUGGGGAGAGCUGGAUGAGGACGACGGAGAGGACUUGGACUUUUUGCUGCCGCCACGGCAGGUGAUCGGUCCCGACGAGAACGGGAUCAAGAAGGUGAUUGAGUACAAGUUCAACGACGAUGGAAAUAAGGUUAAGAUCACAACCACCACUCGCACUCGUAAGCUCGCUAAUGCUAGGCUUAGCAAGCGCGCCAUCGAGCGCCGAUCUUGGCCUAAGUUCGGCGACGCAGUACACGAGGACGUCGGAGCUAGGCUCACCAUGGUCUCCACCGAGGAAAUCCUCCUCGAGCGCCCUAGGGCUCCUGGUAGCAAAGCAGAAGAACCAAAGGCUGGAGGAGACCCCUUGGCUCAGCUUGGGAAAGGAGGUGCUGUCCUCAUGGUUUGCAGGACAUGUGGUAAGAAAGGUGACCACUGGACUUCAAGGUGCCCUUACAAGGAUCUUGCUGCACCACCUGAGGGAUUCAUUGAUAAGCCUGCCUCAUCAGAAGCCGCGACGACUGCUACUGGAGCAACCAAGGGAACAUAUGUUCCUCCAGGCCUGAGAGCAGGGGCAGGGGCAGAAAGAACCGGAUCUGAUAUGAGACGCAGAAAUGAUGAAAACUCUGUUAGGGUCACCAAUCUAUCAGAGGACACACGGGAGCCCGACUUGCUAGAGCUCUUCAGGCCGUUUGGUGCCGUAAGCCGGGUUUAUGUUGCUGUUGAUCAAAAGACUGGCAUGAGUAGAGGAUUUGGUUUUGUUAACUUCGUGAACAGAGAGGAUGCUCAGAGAGCCAUCAACAAACUCAAUGGGUACGGUUACGACAAUUUAAUCCUUAGAGUUGAAUGGGCCACACCAAGAGCCAACUAGACCAUGUGCGUGCAGCACUCUCUCUCAUCAGCUAAGGAGUAUAAUAUUACCUGGCCUGUGAGACUUUUGGCAGGAUAUUAGUCUUUUUCCAAAUCUCUGUUCAGUUGUUCUAUGUUGAAUCCGCUUGCUCGAGAUUUCUUGCGCCUUUUGGUAUUUCAUUUUCAUAUAUAUGAUAAAUGAUGAGCUAUUUAAAAAUUUACAUUACCGGUGGCUGUUUUUAUUACAGUUGUUUCUUUGAUGAUAUAAGAUAAGCAUUUUGUUGGAA